AUGCUUAUGGAUGGAUUGACUCUGACCAAGCUUAAUGAAGAAGAUCAAGAUUUUCUGGAAUUAUUCACUGAAGUAACUAGUCUUUCACUAAAUUCUUGCUCAUUAAUCAGUUUGGAUUACUUGCCGAUACUUGCUAAAUUAACAAGGCUAGAGCUAUAAGAUAACAGACUAACUGGAGUAGAAAUACCAUAAAUAGUUGAAGUCUACGGAGAUACACUUGAAUGUCUCAAGUUAUCUAAUAAUCUAAUAAGAGACUUUCAGCUCUUAUCUCCCCUUAAAGAUAUUUCACCAGGUGUUUUGAUCAAUUUAGAUUUGAGUAACAAUCCUGUAACAGAGAUAGUAUGCUAUAGAGAUCAGGUAUUUGAACUUUUGCCAGAUCUUGAGAUAUUAGAUGGAUUGGACAGGGAAGGAAAUGAAAUUAAUUCUGAGAAUGAUUAGGAGUGCGAAGAAUAUGAUAUAGGAGACAAAGAGGAUGGAGGAGCCGUAAUGUCUGAUGAUGAGGAUGAUGAAAACUCUGAUGGACUUGAAGAUGAGGGAGGAGAAUUAGCCUCAAAUGCUAGUGUAGAGGAUGAUGAGAGCUAAGGAAGUUAGACUUCUGUACCUAAAAUAGCAAAAGAUAGUUCCUAAAGUAGUGAUGGAGGAAGCUGCGAUAGCUUGAGCUAAGAAGGAAGCUGUAAAUCAGGAGAGGGUUCUCUGGAUGAAGAAGACGCAGUUGCCAAGGGUUUCGAGGCAUUAGGAGAUAUUGAAAAAGACUCAGAAAGUAGCGAGGAUGAGGAAGAGGAAGAACAAGAGGCAACAUAACUGGGAACUGAGCCAAGUACUUUAAGUUCAAAGCAAGUAGGUCGAAAGAGAGUAGUUAAAUAUGGAUUAAGAGGGAAAAUUGAGUAUUACAAAAAGACAGUAAAAAAAUAAAAAAUAAAAUGA